AUGGGAAAGUCGUCCAAGGACAAGCGCGAUGCCUACUACCGGCUUGCCAAGGAGCAAGGCUGGAGGGCCAGAAGCGCAUUCAAGCUUCUGCAACUCGACGAGGAGUUUGACUUGUUUGCCAAUGUAACCCGAGUAGUCGACUUGUGUGCUGCUCCGGGAAGUUGGUCACAGGUGCUCUCCAGGGUCCUGAUCAAGGGCGAGAAAUUUGGCAGGACAGCAUGGCAGGAUGAUGAGGCCAAAUUCCGGAGGCAGAUGCUCCACAUAUUCGAUGGUCAAGGUCAAGAAUCUACCGUCGAUGGCCCGGGAGAACCGUCAGUGACGGAUGAGGAAUUAAAGCCGCGCAAGGACGUCAAGAUUGUGUCCAUCGACCUGCAACCCAUCAGCCCCCUGCCAGGUAUCGUCACGUUGAGGGCAGACAUCACACACCCUGCGACGGUGCCACUGCUUCUCAAGGCUCUCGAUCCAGGCUACGACCCCAAGUCGAUGAGCCAACAGGCCUCGCACCCAGUGGACUUGGUCCUGAGCGAUGGCGCACCCGACGUGACGGGGCUUCACGACCUGGAUAUAUAUGUGCAGUCGCAGCUGCUCUUUGCCGCGCUGAACCUCGCGCUCUGCGUCCUCAAGCCCGGCGGCAAGUUUGUCGCCAAGAUAUUCAGGGGCCGCAACGUGGAUGUGCUCUACGCCCAGCUCAAGGUCUUCUUCGAGAAGGUCAUUGUGGCCAAGCCUCGGUCCUCCAGGGCAAGCAGUGUCGAAGCCUUCAUUGUCUGCCUCAACUUUCAACCCCCGGCCGGCUUCAAGGCAAGCCUGGACGAACCCCUGGGCGUGGGCUACCGUCUUCCGCAGAUGGUCCAAUCCAGGGAGCAGUCCGCGCCCAUAAUAGCGGAUACCCUAAUGCAGGAUUGGAACAGUGGCACGUGGAGUCGGUCGUCCGGUGACAAGACUGCUUCUGCUUCCCGUCAGCAGAGCGAGAUGGUCGAGGUUGAGCUGGAGGACUUGACGCCUGAGGAGCCCAAACAAGACGUUCGUUGGAUUGCUCCGUUCAUUGCGUGUGGAGACCUUUCAUCGUACGACUCGGACGCCUCAUAUCAGCUGCCGGAAGACCACGUCUCGUUGGACCCUGUGCAGCCGCCUACUGCUCCGCCUUACAAGCGCGCACUAGAGAUGAGAAAGCUAGCAGGCGGGGCUUAUGGGAAGACCGGUGUCAAAGCAUAG